UCAGUGAUCAGCUGCAAAAGCUCGACGGGGAGCGGAAGAGUUGAAUUAUUCCAACCUGCAAGCAGCCCCUCACAAAAAAAAAAAAAAAAAAAAAGUGGAAACUUUUUUCUCUGUCCAUUUCACCCAAGUCCUGAAAAAUCAGAAUGGAAUUAGAGAAAAACUACGCGACUCCAAGGACUGGCAGAACAGGACAUGGAGGAGUGAAUCAGUUAGGGGGUGUUUUUGUGAAUGGUCGUCCACUUCCUGAUGUUGUGCGCCAGAGGAUCGUGGAACUUGCCCAUCAAGGUGUCAGACCGUGUGACAUUUCGAGGCAGCUACGGGUCAGCCAUGGUUGUGUCAGCAAAAUUCUUGGCAGGUACUAUGAAACCGGGAGUAUUAAGCCUGGAGUGAUUGGAGGAUCAAAACCAAAGGUCGCCACACCCAAAGUUGUUGAAAAAAUCGCAGAGUAUAAACGCCAAAAUCCCACCAUGUUUGCCUGGGAGAUCAGGGAUAGACUUCUAGCCGAGCGAGUGUGUGACAACGACACCGUGCCCAGCGUCAGUUCGAUUAACAGCUCUAGCAAAGAUUCUUCUGUUAUUUGUUACUUUGAAAUGUAUGUCAUCUGUUUGAAUCAGUUUGCUUUAUAUGAAGAAUCAGAUCUGUCACCUGAUGACUACAUUUUGCAUUUCAGGACUCAUGCCUACAUGAUCAUACGGACCAAGGUACAGCAGCCACCUAACCAGCAAGUCCCAGCCUCUAGUCACAGCAUAGCCUCCACAGGGUCUGUGACCCAAGUGUCUUCAGUGAACACUGACUCAGCAGGCUCCUCCUACUCCAUUAGUGGAAUUCUGGGAAUUACAUCCCCCAGUGCCGAAAGCAACAAACGCAAACGAGAUGAAGGUAUUCAGGAAUCUCCAGUACCAAAUGGCCAUUCCCUCCCGGGUAGAGAUUUCCUUCGGAAGCAGAUGCGAGGAGAUCUUUUCACUCAGCAGCAGUUAGAAGUGUUGGAUCGAGUCUUCGAGAGGCAACAUUAUUCUGACAUUUUCACAACAACUGAACCCAUCAAACCAGAGCAGACAACAGAAUACUCAGCCAUGGCAUCAUUAGCUGGUGGGUUAGAUGAUAUGAAAGCCAAUAUAACAAGCCCAACUUCAGCAGAUAUAGGGGCCAGUGUUCCAGGACCACAAUCAUAUCCUAUUGUGACAGGUCGUGAAUUGGCAAGCACAACCCUCCCAGGAUACCCUCCUCACGUCCCCCCUGCCGGACAGGGCAGCUACUCUGCUCCAACGCUGACAGGAAUGGUGCCUGGGAGUGAGUUCUCUGGAAGUCCGUACAGCCACCCACAGUAUUCAACGUAUAAUGACUCCUGGAGAUUUCCCAACCCUGGAUUGCUAGGUAGUGCCAUUCAUUACUCGGUGGAAGUGGAAAAUACCCUCUAG